AUGCUAAGUAGGCUGGCAAAACGUUCAAUCAUGUCUGUGUCUGGUUCUUUGAAGCCCAAGUUUGAUAAGGUGUUUGGUAAGGUGGAUGAAUUGAAACCACAGUUCAUCGAAACCCUGGGGAAAGCAGUUGCUAUCCCUGCUGUUUCUGGUGAUGAAUCUUUGAGACCUAUGGUGGUUAAAAAGGCCCAUUUUUUGGUCGAAGAAUUGCAAAGAUUAGGAUUUUCCGAUGUCCAACUGAAGCAGUUGGGUACCCAACCACCCCCAGUGGAAGAUCAAAAGUUGCAAUUGCCACCUGUUGUCCUAUCUCGUUAUGGUAAUGAUCCUAAUAAGAAGACUUUGCUUGUGUACGGCCAUUACGACGUGCAGCCUGCACAGCUAAGUGAUGGUUGGGAAACAGAGCCUUUCAAACUGUAUGUUGACGAAGAUAAACAAUUGAUGCGUGCUAGGGGCUCCACUGAUGACACAGGUCCUCUGCUAUGCUGGUUGAAUGUUGUUCAGGCACAUAAAGAGUCCGGUGUCGAGCUUCCUGUGAAUUUGAUAACCUGUUUUGAGGGUAUGGAAGAAUCUGGAUCGAUAGGAUUGGAGGGAUUGAUUGCCGAAGAGACUGACAAGUACUUCAAGGGUGUCGAUGCUGUCUGUAUCUCGGAUAACUACUGGCUUGGGACGAGAAAGCCUGUCUUGACCUACGGAUUGAGAGGUUGUAACUACUAUCAAACCACUGUGGAAGGGCCAGGUGCCGACUUGCACUCCGGGAUUUUUGGUGGUGUCAUCGCAGAGCCAAUGGUUGACUUGUUUCAAGUGAUGAACUCUCUGGUUGAUGCAAAGGGUAAAAUCUUGAUUGAUGGGGUGAACGAGAUGGUUGCACCACUUACCGAGAAAGAAUCCAAGCUUUACGACAAUAUCGAUUUUGACGUGGAUGACUUGAACAGCGCCAGUGGCUCCAAGACAAGUUUCUAUGACAAUCCAAAGGAUAUUCUAAUGCACAGAUGGAGAUACCCUUCUCUUUCUCUGCACGGUAUCGAGGGCGCCUUCUCAGGCCAAGGAGCCAAGACUGUCAUUCCAGCCAAGGUUCACGGUAAGUUCUCUAUUAGGACUGUACCUGACAUGGACUCUGAUAAGUUGAACAAGUUGGUCUCCGACCACUGUGAUAAGGCCUUCAAGAAGCUGGGUUCUCCUAACAAGUGCAAGACCGAGUUGAUCCACGACGGUAAUUAUUGGGUAUCAGAUCCACACAAUGCCUCUUUCACCGCUGCUGCAAAGGCUACUAAGGUGGUCUACGGCGUUGACCCAGAUUUCACCAGAGAAGGUGGUUCAAUUCCUAUCACUGUGAGCUUCCAAGAAUUAUUGAAGACCACUGUAAUGCUGUUGCCAGUCGGCAGAGGUGAUGAUGGUGCCCACUCUAUUAACGAGAAACUCGAUAUCAGUAAUUUCAUCAACGGUAUGAAGACUAUGGCCGCUUACUUACACUUUUACGCUGAAUCACCAGAAAAAUAG